AUGGCGCCACUUCGCUGGGCUCGCUACGUUGGUGUCUCGGUCGCUCUCAGCGUCUAUUGCCUCUACUUCUUUGCGCUGUACCUGAGAAACGACUACUUUUGGGUCGAGUUUGAGAGCAGCAAGAUAGCACUCCAGACCAUCUUCAACAGCGCACUCACCCUCCACGGCGACACGGCGACCACGCCCUUUAACCUGUUCACUCCGCAGUACGCAUAUGACGCGCAGCACACGGGGUAUGGCCGUCUCCUGUUGCAUCAAGACCUCACGACGCUCCCGGCAGCUCUCGCUGCCCUACGGCGUCUCAGCGUGGCGCGAGAGGCGCUGGGAGAUGGCAGCGUCCCGACCCCAGUCGCAUACGUUCACUGCUUUGACGCGAUUAUCGUGUCCCAGUUGCAGACAAACGUUGCCUUUCAAGCGCUCUUUGAAGCCAUACCAAGAUCGAGCAGUUGGUCGGCGACGCCACUUUCGUGGCAAGGACCCAACCUCUACUACGGCGGAAGUCCCCUAUGCGGCUACAGCCGCCUCCAGUCGUUUGCCCAGGAUUCGUUCAACCACGACGAUGAGUGUAACAUACCGUCACCGAUAAGGUUCACGUGGACGCCGCUGAGCGGACUCUUUGCCGUCGCUUUUGGGAACGUCUCUAGCGCCAGUGACGUGUGCAGUCACGCCGACGGCAACCGCGAUUGUCUUGCGUACGUCAAGGCCCUCUUGAGUGCGGCCGCGCUUCUGCCGCCGAUGCCUGAUCCACCAACAACUCUUGCAGCUCUCGACGUUCGCAUCAUGCAAACCCUUGCUCCGUCGAGCAACGCUUCCAACAUGCGACUGGAGACACCGCUAAUAAUCAGCGACGAAUGGGCACCCUACGGCCUGCUGAGCUUCUAUGACUGGGUUCACAAUGCCCGAGAGCUUGCGCGUCUCCCAGGCCCCGCGCCGUUGCAAAGCACGUCUCUCAGCGUGUACUACUGGUACAUUGCCGCGGCCUCUUCGGUGAUAUUGAGCCUCUUGGCUGUUGCUGUUGCUGUCGUUUGGUUGCUGCAGCCCUCGAAUCACGAGGUGCCACUUUUGCACUUGAACCGUAUCGUGUCGUUCGUGUACCUCAACCGCGGCCUUCUCAUCUCGCGCGGUCUCACAGCGUGCGUCUGCCUUGGGAGUUCUGAUGUUGUCUCGGUCGCUUCCAAAAAAGGUCUUGUGCAGUUGACGCUGCGGCAAAAACCACUGCACACGACUUGGCUACUCGCCGGCGAGACCCUCUGGCUUGUGUACGUUGGGCAAGAACUGCUCCACCCUCUCACGCACGGCAGUACCUACCUCUCGGUCACGAGCUGCCUCUCGUGGGUACUGGUCGCAGCUUUAGAUAUACUUGUGCCCCUAACCGUUGAAGCUACACUCCAUCGCAGCUGCUUUGCCGUCGACAUGACCACGAAUGUCCAAUGCGAAAGCGGGCACGUGCGGAUCGGUGACGCUCAACGUGUUCUGACCAUUUUUGCUGUCCACAUGGCCGUCAUUCUCAGCUCAACGGUGGGGCGAAUGGUGUACCGGCGAUGGAAAAGCGGCCGCUGGCUGGAACUCGAGAACCGCUCGUUCGUGCUACCAUCCAGUGUCCUGCGACACCUCCCGCUAAGCGACGGCCGGACCUUCUUAAGUCCUGCUAAAACUGCCGCGCUCUGCGGCGUCUUUUGCUUGCCCAAUAACCGCGUCUUUGACACAAAGCUCUGGCUCACUCUGUCGCCAGAUACGUACAUCCGACGUGCGACGGUACACGAGCUGCCAGCUGUUGGGCGAAGGACGCUUCCGUCGCUAGGAGCUAGCCCUGUGCCUACCUCGUGGCUGCAGAAGAAGCUGCGACCCGUUGCACUUCUCUUCGGCGGCCUCUACCUCGUCGCAACACUGUCGAGCAACGUUGCGUACCUCGCGAUCGCCCAAGCGUACAUGGCCAACGACUUUUUCUGGGCCGAAUUUUACGCUUCCGGCACGUACGCGUUCGUCGCCAACACCUUCAAUCGACAACUGAUUCACUCGUCCACUGAGAUGCUUAGUCUCAGUGCCACGUCUCUUGUCGACUACAGCACCCUCUACAACGACUCGACGACGCAGAUUGCGUGCCCUGCGACUACGGCCCAGCGAGUGCUCCACGAUCCAAGCGUUGUGACGCUCCACACGGCCGUCUCUGGUCUGCGGUCUAUGGAACCAUGUCAGCUGCCGUGGCUGUUUACUCAAUAUUGCUGGCUGGACCUUGACCAACGCUGGGCGAUGGCCAGCACUGCAGCUCGGCAAGCGCGGUGUGCGUCCUCGAUGGCCACCAACGGAGCUGUCUACUUGGAGGUGCCGCUGCGCAACAUCAAUGAUUGGAGCCGCUGGGAGUGGUGCUGGGGCUCUUCGUUUGCUUAUGCGAUACGCGCCGACCUUGAGGCAUCGUUGCGUGGUCGGUCCUUUCUCUCAGAGCUGCAACCUGCUUCGUCGUCGUUGUCUGUAGCCGGUGAAAUCGUCUACUGGGUUGCCCAUGGCAUCUCUCGCUUCGACCUACAGUACCAGAACUACAAGACGAUUGGGUUCCGCGAGGCCUUCGUGAUCGAGAACGCGCUGGGUUUGAAGCACGCGCUACCUCUGAGCCAAGUGGCGUCGCACUUCCACCCGGCGCAGCAAACGUCAAUGCGCAUGUAUUGGUCUUUCGCCAGUGACCUCUGGGCUGUCAGCACCAACACGACUCGCAUUGGCGGGCGUAGCUUGCUUUCGUCAAGUGCCAACUUCGCCUUCACCAACGUUUCGAGCGAGCAACUUUUGAUCGACAACGGCACGCUAGCCGCGUCGCCGACGAACGAGUUGGCGCUACUGCGCUCGUCCCUCGGGCCAUUCAACGCUGUCGACAUGAUAUUUCUCCUGCCGCCAGCCCGUGCUAUGCGCCUCUACGCUGACUUUACGACGGCGAUAGCAGCGCUCACAACGUCCAACCUCUCGGCCCAAACCGCGUACCUACGAUUGCCCAUCACGGCACUGGCGACCGAGGCGUCAACGCACAUCCCUUCUAUAAGCACGAGUGGCGACAACAACCAGUGGACCCAGCCCUUUGCAUGCUUUUUGCUGUCGUCGGGCUUGUGCCGGACCGACGUUGUCAACUGCGCCUCCGACUAUGCGACAAUCGCGGCCUUUGUCGCUACACACAAUGCCAGCUUGGCCCCCGCCAUGGUCUCGAGUGCUUCAACCGCCGACGCAAUGACGGCGCUUGGCGUUAGCGUGCUGCAGUUUGCCUACGUCGGCGUAGGUCGCGCACCCGCUAUGCUCCAACAACCGCUCUUUGGCUCCAGCGAUGCUGCGUGGACGUUCUAUGGCUGGCUUCUGCUCUGCGAGUGGAUCGAUGGCCGGCGUGAGGUCAUACGCUUCGAUGGCGACCACGGAAGCCUAUCUGUCAUCAGCCACAGCGUCAGCGCGGUGUUAAUGACACCCGACGCGUCUCACAUCCCACACACGUACAGCUAUAACUUUCUCCAGGCACUAGUGUACGUCUCUACGGUUCUGGUCGCGAUUGCUGCCGUCGUGCUCGUGUACGCCCUCGUCGCCCGUGGGCGCAUCGACGGCCGCAACCUCUUUGAGAUUAACCGUUCCGUGGGUAUCGCCUGGAUCGGCCGCAGCUUCCUCCUCGUGCGCAGCGUCACGGCGCUCUGCCUCCUCAACACACAGACGCUGCUGCUCGCCCGCCGUGGCGAAGGAGCCCUCUUGAACGCGGUGUCCGCGCCGUGGUACAACCAGAUCUUGGCGGCCAGCGAAGCUACAUGGCUCGUCUACGUCCUCAACGACGCUUUCAGUUGCAUCACACAACAGUACACAGCCACGUACGCGCCAAAAAGUGCGCUCCUGACGUGGGUCUGCACGGUGCUUCACUCUGUCUUUUCACCACUUGGCGAGGUCGCGAGCCUCUCUCGGCAGUGCGCUCUCGUCGACAUGGACAGCGGUCUCGAGUGCGUCAGUGGCCGCAUUCCCAUCGGAAGCUUCGACCGACUCCAAACAUCGAUUCUUAUCGUACUGACCUGCAUGGCGUUAACGUUUGGCUAUGACCGUUGGACGCCAGCGCCAGCUCUCGCGCUGCCAACUCUCGUGCUCAAUUCGCAGAGUUUCUACGCGCUUUUUCUCGAUGUCUCGGAGGGCGAGUACCUGAUCGACUGUGCGUCCGCGGCCAUGGCCGGCCUCCUCACGCUGAACUACAGCGGCACGUGGCACAUCCUCGACGUCAAGGCGUGGCGCGUCGUCUCGAUCCCGGCAAAGUCGCACGGAGAUGACCUCGAAGCGAAGCGAUACAAGUACUACGUGCCGCUCUGUCAGAUCUAG